GCGCACGCCCCUUUUGCUAUUUAUUCAUGACUCACGCAGAUGCUCAUAUAUUGGAGCCAUUUUGACAUAUUUCUCAGACGACGCCAAACCACACAAAGGCCAGGCGCUUAUUUUUUUCUCUAGAUAAAGAUGUCUGACGAAGGAAAGCUUUUUGUUGGAGGAUUGUGUUUUGACACAGAUGAAACUUCACUGGAAGAGGCGUUUUCCAAGUAUGGCAACAUUGCUAAAGUUGAUGUUGUAAGAGACAGAGAGACUCGGAGGUCCAGGGGUUUCGGCUUUGUGACUUUUGAAAACCCUGAAGAUGCCAAAGACGCAAUGGCUGCAAUGAAUGGCAAGUCUGUUGAUGGCAGGAUGAUCCGUGUGGAUGAAGCUGGCAAGUCGGGAGGGAGAUCUGACCGUGGUGGUGGUGGCGGCUUCAGGGGGGGUUCUGGCGGCUUCAGGGGGGGUUCUGGCGGCUUCAGAGGAGGCAGAGGAAGAGGUGGUGGCUAUGGUGGAGGAGACAGAAGCUAUGGUGGAGGAGAGAGAAGCUAUGGGGGGGAGAGAAGCUAUGGAGGUGACAGAAGUUACGGUGGUGGAGGAGACAGAAGUUACGGUGGUAGCUACAGGAGUGGUGGAGGAUACUCCUCUGGGGGUGGCAGCGGAGGUUACAGAGAGGCCAGGAGUGGGGGUGAAAGUGGUUAUGGUGGCCGCUCUGGGGGAUCCUACAGAGACAGCUAUGACAGCUAUGGUAAGUUUGACGUUGCCAUGAACUCACUGUUGGUAUGGACUAGAAAUGUUUAGUACGGACUGGACAUGAUUGCAUAGACUCCCAGAAUGGCCCUUUAAGACUUUUGUUGCUCAGUAUCCGAAAGCCUGUGCCCUCUUGGAUUAGCAUGUUAAAAUACCCAGGCCUGCUCAAAAAUCCAGCUCUGCCACCCACACAGGAGCAGAAAGACAUUUCAAUAUUUUUUUUCACUGAGUCAGUUUUCUUCUGAAGAGGCAUAAGUUCACGUCCAAUGCCCCUUGCUCUGAUGCUUUACUGUUACAAUGAGAACUGUGGCACAAAAUAUGAAUAGCUUCUAGUCUACUGUGUGAGAAAUGUCCGAAUGCUGCAGUGCCUUUACACUUGUGGCUUCUUCUUGUCCUCAGCUACACACGAGUAAAAACAAAAACAAACUUCCUGAUUGCAAGAUCGUCCCUUCGCUGGCUGUUUUUUAAAAGAUGCGCUCUUCGAAGACACUUUUUUUCCCCUUCUGUUUGUGGUAUCUGGUUCUAGUGUUUUCUUUAGCAAACUUGGCAGUAUCUUUAGUUUUUUUGUGUUGUGUUCUACAGGAUCUGUCAUGGCAGUAAUUGAAAUCCUGUAGCGUUUAAUUACUGUAAGCCUUGACGCUCACUAAGGAUCUUAAUACCUUAAGUUCAGUAUGCCCUCCUGGUGUUGCAGGAAGAGUGGACACUGGGAGAAUCAAAUUUGAUAAUUAAUGGCUUUAUUUGCAAUGAAACCUGUUCCCACCGUUAACUCGUAAUCUGUUCAACACAGCCUGAUAGCUUCUAAGACAAAUUCAGUCUUGCCCAUGUUCCUGCUCAAUCGGAAGACUCAAAUAUCAGUAGUAACAUGUUUCCAUUUAAGCUUAUUUUAACUGACGUUGUGAAUUCUGGACUUAAAAAAAAAAAAUCUGUGAAAUUUACACUAGAAGCUUGACAAGCUGUGAUGUGCUCCUUCAGUUCUGUAAUGCAUUCCUUUAGUGUAACAAGGUAGGAAUGCUAAGUGGGAGCACUGGUUUCCAGCAGACCACCUUGAUAUUGCUAAAGAUGUGUAAAUACUCAGUAUCCAAAGAGUGAAUGACUUACUGGCGAAAUAACUUACUUUCAUUGAAAGGUAUACUAGGUGUUUGCAGUUGGCCUAAGGUACUUUGCUCUUCUCAAACGUGCAUAAUAUGGACUCAACAUUCACGAUCACUCAAUGUUACUACAAGGAUAUGUGCUCUGUUCUGUGUACAAACACCCAAUUAUUAUUUUUUUGUAUAUCCUGGCUUCAUGAAGCCUAUUAAACAAUCCGUUGAAAAUUCUCUGAUUUCUUGUGCCUUCAAAGAACUUAAGCCUGUUCACACUAAGCCAGCUAAAUGUUAUGCAAUGCGAGUCUGUUAGGGAGCGAUGUUGAGAAAUGAAAGCAUAGUCUCUGCUGGAAAAGGUAUUCUGAAAGGUGGGAUCUCAUUUUGGAAGGGUGGCUGACUUAAUACUCAGAGGAUGCAAAAAAAAAAAGAUCUAACCUGAAGCUAGUCAUUUUGGGGGGCCUGGGUGUGUUGCAACAGAAUAGAAAUGAAAUGUCGUGCUGGCACUGGUUCUUUUAUAAUGCUUCAUUGCGCCCAAGAGCUCUACUAUCGUUUUGGAACUCAACAAAGUCCUUGGAGAAUGAAGUGUUGUGCCUACCGACACGUGAAUCCGCUCUGGUGAAUGCUGCUCUCUUGGCUAGUUCAUAAGUGGAAAUAGGCCAGUAAUGUGAGGUAAAGACUUUUGCUCUCCUGUUCGCAUCCCUCAAAGUUCUCAUUUUGAUGUCCAUCUUAACUGCCUUCAACUUUACACAACUACCGCUGUCACUUCUUCAGGCCCUAGCCGUUACUGUUCAGAACCCUGAGUUGCAUGAGUACGUUCAGUAGCGUAUCCUGUUUUUUUGUGUUUGUAUUUUUAUUUUAUUUUCACCCUGUCCCCAUAGACCAUUGGGACUACUAGACUCUGAAAAUGACCAUUGAGAAAAUUCCAUAAGUUGUCAUGGCUCAAGUAUCCCUAGUGUAAAACGAGAUCAUCUCAGUUUUGAUCUGUGAAACUACAAGUAUUGUUCUCCCAGUGAUUGCAAAAAGAUGUCUUCAUCUUAAAGGUAGACUCAGCAAAAUGACCUUGGCACAAGCAGAAGUGCAGACAUUGAUUGGGCCGCAAUAGACUUGGUCACUCUGUGCACAGGUUCGCUUCACAGCGUUUUAGCCAGGGCACGAAAACAGCAAAGUUGAGCCUUGUGCUUCAAGUGUUUAGUAGUUGUGGAAAUUGGCCCACUAUGCGGUUCACUUUCUGUAUCUACGUCAUAUUGCUGAGUCUACCUCAAUUCUAGACAGCUAUCACCUUUCUACUUUUGCUUGUCAAGUUUAUCACUAUGUAAUUUGUUUUCUAUAAACAUAACAUUCAAUCCACUGAUAGGAUUAACACUGUCUAAUGCUAGAAGUUGAUGCUGUUUGGCACAUCUGUAGUUUAUAUUGAUAAUCAUAAACAAAUGCUUGUCAUAUUGUUGCCCUCAAAAGCUGUACUCAACUAAUUACAGUCUUGUUACUCGAUCAGGUUAAACUAAGCGUUGGAUGUGAAAGCCUGCUUUAACACGAGGUUGUGGACUUCGACGCUGACUGUUUCGUUCCAGUGCUUCCUUUGGAGGUUCACCACAGGAUGGUUUGCCCUGAAACUGCUCCUUGGAAAAUCAUCACCAGGAGAUAUCUAAGACUGAACUGGAGAUGUGCUGCUGAACUGGACUUGUUGUUUAGUCAAGACCUGCCUUGGAAUGGGAGUGCAUAUCUGAACCAGAUUUUAUAUAUACAUGACGUUUACCAAAUGGUUUGUCAUUCUGGCGUGCCAAUACAGUACCUGUAUUACAAGUAUACACUUUGUAUUUUUUUGGUGAAGUACUCAAACGAACAUCUUGGAAAUUGAAUGGAUUAAAUAUUAUUUUUUU